UUGUAUACUCUGCCGAUAUACUUCCAGUCGAUCACCAACGUUUCUGCUGAGCAAAGCGGCAUCCGAAGCAUUCCGUUGAUCCUGGGCAUUUCGCUCUUUACCAUCGUCUCCAAUACUUCGAUGUCGGCGGGCGUCCCUUGGGUCGUCUGGCUCGCGGCUAGCCCUCUUCUUACAACGGCAGGCUUCGCUUGCCUACACUUGAUAGAUACGGCCUCUCCACUGCCGAAAGCACUCGGGUACCAAGCAUUGACUGGAGUGGGGAUCGGGGUUGUGCUUCAGAUGCCCAUGGCGGCUAACCAGAAGCUAGUCGCUGCUUCGGACAUUGCAGCCGUGACGGGGAUGACACUUUUCUUUGAGAUACUAGGCGCC